AAAAACGCACUAAAUUGGCAUCACUACCUCGGGCCUAAAGUUUUUUUCAGCCAAAAUUAAUCUUUUAAUUAAUUAAAAAACAAUAGAUUUUUAAAUUUUAUAUUCACUAAUUAUCAUAGUUGUUUAAUAUAAAGCAUACAAGGUUCAGUUAUUGCAUAAAAAUAAAAUAUGUCGGAAACUAACGAUAAUUCAAAUGAAUCAAACAGCAUGGGCAGUGAUACAAUAGUGCAGACAUCACGUUUAGUAAAUGUAAGUGGCAGCGGCACGACGGUUAAUAAUCCAAUUGUAAGAACCGGCGUUUUACGUCCCUCAGUAUUGGGACCAUCAAGAUUGACUUCAAGUUUGUCCACUAAUAACACAAACGCUGCACCAGCAAUUGCUGAUAGCGGUGAUGAUGGCACUGAAUCUAAUAAAGUAAAAGAUGCAGUUAAGGCAAAUCCCUUUCUUAAGGAGCAUAAAGCUGAUGACGAAGAAACAGUCGCAGAAACAUCCAGUGCUAUCAAUAAAAAAAAGGAUGACAAAAACAAAGGUGAUACCAGUAGUGAUGACACCGAAGAUCAUCCUGAUCCAAUGUCGCUAUUGCGUAAAAACGGUUUUGAGCGCGCGAAUCUUUUUGCGGCCGCGAAAAAUUCCAUACCUUUAGUGGAGAAAUCGGGUUUUGUGUUUGGUCAAAACGUACACGAACGGGUAGUAGGUGAAAAUGUUAAACCUGAAAAUUCGAAUAAACCAGAAAAUGCUGAACCAGCCGGUUCAAGUGGGGGCGAGCUAUUAUUUUCAAGCGUUAUACAAAGUGCUGCCGCAAAAACAGCAGACAAGAAUGGAGCUUCUGCCCUUGAUAACGCAGAAACGAAAAGUCUUAACGAUGUGGCCCGUGAAUAUGAAGAAAGUCGUGCCCAAAAACGCAAAUUUGAGGAAGUAGAAACAUUUACCGGCGAAGAAAACGAAGUCAAUAUUAUUGACGUAAAUUGCAAACUGUUCGCCUUUAUGAAUAGUAAUUGGGAAGAACGUGGUCGAGGUAGUUUACGUCUUAAUGACUCCAAAAAAGAGCAAGAAUGUUCACGUUUAGUGUUUAGAACAUCCGGCAAUUUGCGUUUGCUCUUAAAUACAAAGGUUUGGGGCGGUAUGGUAGCAGAACGUCCCAGUCAAAAAUCCUUACGCCUGACUGCAAUGGAUAAUACGGGUAAAAUCAAAAUUUUUUUAAUUAUGGCGCGACCAGUGGAAAUCAAUCAGUUACACACUGCUCUUGUUCAACGUAUUCGUAAACGAAAAGCAUCACAUCCCGAGGAAUUUUGUGCGGAUAAUAGUAAUAAUAGUGCCGACAAUAAUGUGGAUAGUGAAACAGAAAUGGAAAGCAAAAAUGGUGCAGAAAAGGACGUAGCUGAGAAGGCAGCUUUAGUUGCCGAACCUGAACCUGAUGAUUCCACCGAACCUAGCCCUAAGAAAACUCUUUCCGCUGUAUCUGAAGAAGCGACAAAUAUCGAAACAAAUAAUUAAUAAACAAAAAAAAAAAAAAAAAAAAAAAAAAAAAAAA